AUGCAAGGAGAAUUUAAUGGUUUGAAAACUUUGAUAUUGAAGGAAAAUUCUUAUGCUUUCUAUGUACAUUGCUUUGCUCACCAACUUCAGUUUGCUCUUGUAACGAUGAUUAAGACAAUUGAAGCACUAAAAAGUGGAGAAAUUUCUAGUGGGCGUGGUUUGAAUCAAGAAACAGCUUUAAAAAGAGCUGGAGACACUAUGUGGGGUUCACACUAUGGAACUAUACUUAGAUUAAUUUCUUUAUUUCCUUCUGUGGUUAAUGUUCUUGAAUAUGUUGAGGAAGAUGGAAAUAAUUCAGAACAAAGAGAUGAAGCAUGUCAUUUAUUGAAUGUCAUUCAAUCUUUUGAAUUCAUUUUCAACUUGCACUUGAUGCAAAAUAUCUUGGGAGUUACUAAUGAGUUAUCUCAAGCGUUACAAAGGAAUGAUCAAGGCAUUGUAAAUGCUAUGGCAUUAGUCAAAAUGUCUAAGCAACGGUUGCAAAAUAUAAGAGAUGAUAUUACUGUUCCAAUCAUGGAUGAUAUAUUUGUGUCACAAGGAAGAUCAAGACGCAAAGCUCAAAAGAUAUCAAAUUUGCAUCAUUUUCAAGUUGAGAUAUUCUAUCAAGUAGUUGAUAGACAACUUCAAGAACUCAAUAAUCGUUUUACAGAGGUGAAUACUAAAUUGCUUCUUUGCAUAGCUUGUUUGAAUCCAAGACACUCAUUUUUUGCACUAGAUGUGCGUUCUGAUGAUCAAUUCUCAGACUUAAAUGGAAUUGGUGCUCUUUCUCAGAAGUUGGUUGAGACUCGAAAAAAUAUUGUUUAUCCAUUUAUGUUUCUUCUUUUGAAGUUAGCUUUAGUUUUGCGCGUAGCAACUGCAUCAGUUGAAAGAACUUUUUCUGCUAUGAACAUCAUAAAGAGUCGACUUCGUAACCGUAUGGGAGCUGAAUAUUUAAAUGAUUUUUUAGUGACAUACAUAGAAAGAGAGACAUUUGAUUGUAUUGACAAUGAAAAGAUUAUUCAAUCUUUUCAAAAUAUGAAACCUAGAAGAAUGAAAUUCUAA